UAUUUAGGAAGGUGAUUUGAUUGAUUAGAUUAUCCAAUCCCUUUAAUCACGGAACUAGCUACUACACUGUUCAUGUUCAUUAAAAACCAACACCAACACCAAGUACCAAUCUUUCCCUCUGAGCGACCAGUCACCCACGGGACCCUACCUACCCACAGUAACAAUAGCUCAGUCUUCAUGUUCAUACUUGUAUUCUAGUGCUAACAUUAACACUUUUUGGCUUUGAGCAACCAACCCUCUUCUUCCUCAACAAUGCUCCUAACACAAACAACAUGCAUUCUCCUUUUCUCCAUUGUGGCCUCAUUUUUACCCCAUGCAACACCAAUGCUCAACCUCACACUCCCUGGCCAACAUCCAGACCCCGAAGCCGUUGCCCUACAAAUUCACAGGAUGGUGAAUGCUUCAAUGGCAAGAAGGGAAAUGCUGGGAGUGUCAGUGUCAGAGAAAGACGUGGCAUCCUGCUUAACAGGGAACCCCAUCGACGACUGCUGGAAAUGCGACCCAAAUUGGGCGAACAACAGACAGAGGCUAGCCGAUUGUGCAAUUGGGUUCGGGCAGAACGCAAAGGGAGGCAAAGGUGGGGAAUUUUACAUAGUCACGGAUUCCUCCGACGAGGACCCUGUGAACCCAAAACCCGGAACCCUCCGAUAUGCAGUGAUACAGAAUGAGCCACUGUGGAUCGUGUUCCCCACUAACAUGAUGAUUAAGCUCUCUCAGGAACUCAUUUUCAACAGCUACAAGACCAUCGACGGCCGCGGAGCUGACGUCCACAUCGUAGGCGGAGGAUGCAUCACUCUUCAGUAUAUUAGUAAUGUCAUCAUACACAACAUCCACAUCCACCAUUGCCAUCCCUCCGGGAAUGCUAACGUGCGGUCGAGUCCAGAGCACUACGGGUACCGCACGGAAUCGGACGGCGACGGGAUCUCGAUAUUCGGGUCGAACAACAUCUGGAUCGACCACUGCACGCUGUCCCGGUGCAAGGACGGUCUAAUCGACGCAGUGAUGGGGUCGACGGGGAUAACAAUCUCGAACAACCACUUCUCCCACCACAACGACGUGAUGCUGUUGGGGCACAGCGACCAGUACCUGCCGGACUCCGCCAUGCAGGUCACCAUCGCCUUCAACCACUUCGGCGACAACCUGGUCCAGCGCAUGCCACGUUGCAGGCUGGGCUACAUCCACGUGGUGACCAAGAGGCUGGACGCCCGAGAAGGAGACUGGACUGCAUGGAAUUGGAGGUCCCAAGGAGAUGUUAUGUUCAACGGAGCUUUCUUUGUUGCUUCUGGCGCUGUUGCUCAGCCUAACUACCGAGAUGCUUACAGCGUUGAACCUAAGUCCGUUGACCGGAUUUCGCUCUUGACUAUGUCUGCUGGUGUUCUUGGUGUUGCCAGGGACAAUAAUCUUGGAAUGUGGACCAGAGGAAGCAAUGAUUAUGAUGGUGUUUCUUUUUCAGAUUUCGGUCCUCACUACACGGACGACAUGUCCCCUAGUACAAUGCAGUUCCUACCUUCAUCUUUUUUCAUUCUUCUCUCUGCAUUCUUCUCUCAUAUAACAACAACAUUUCUAUAACAAAUACGCUCAUCUUUCUUGCUUG